AUGGCCUCUCAGGUUGAGGAGACCCAUUAUCACCCUCAAGAUGCAAUUGGGAGGGCACUGAAGACCACCCUCCUUACAGGUGGCGUCGGGCUGUUUGCAUCGUCCGUCCAGAAUACUCUUACUAGGAGGAACGUGGGACCAUGGGGUGUGUUCGUGAGAACUGGAGGCACCAUCGGCAUAUUCGCGGCUAUGGGCGGUACUUAUGAAUUCGUGAAGACUGCGUCCGCCAAUUUGCGUGAGAAGGAAGAUCAUUGGAACGUCGCUCUAGGAGGCUUCUUUUCGGGUGCAAUUCUGGGACUUCGAGCAAGGACAUUCCCCGCUCUGCUCGGUUACGGGGCUACGCUGGCCACGCUCACGGGUUUCUUCGAGUACACCGGCGGAACAUUGUUUGGUUACAAGAAGAAUAAUGUGAACGUGGAUGAAUUUGAACGCAGAGAGCAAUUGAGAAAGUCCUACCGACGGCCAGCCGAGGAAACGAUCGCGGAACUUGGUGAGGGAAGAGGCAUUUACGCUCCUGGAUAUGCUGAGAGACGGCGAGACAGAAUCAAGGAGGCUUACGGCAUUGAAGUUCCCAUAACCGCUCCCCCUGCGUCGUGA